UCCCAGAUUAUUAUUUUUAUUCAGAAUAAAUGUAAGAUGUUGGAACCAUACAGACAAGUUCUGAACAGUACCCGGAUAGUGCUAGCCAGUGCAUCUCCGCGUAGAAAAGAGAUUCUAGAGAAAUUAAACCUGGAUAUAGAGAUACUUCCGUCCAUACUUCCGGAGGAUUUAAGUAAAGAAGAAUAUGGAACUAAACCUCACGAGUUUGCCGUGAAAACUGCUGAGGUGAAGUCGGAAAGUGUGUUUGAAAGAAUAAAAGCGGAGAACUCUAAAAACCUUCUUGUUAUCGGCUGUGACACCGUGGUCUCCCUACAUGAAACAAUUUUUGGUAAACCGACUUCGGUAGAAAACGCGGAGUCCGUUCUGAGCAAACUAAGCGGUCGGAGUCAUGAUGUGUACACAGGAGUACAUCUGAUUCUACACACUGACCAGGCUGUACAUAAAACAAGUUUCUUUGAGAAGACCGAGGUUGAAUUUAUGGACAUGGAUUCGGAGAUUAUCCAAGCUUAUGUACGAACAGGAGAGCCUAUGGAUAAGGCCGGAGGAUAUGGGAUCCAAGGUUUAGGAGGAACCCUAGUGAAAGGAAUCAAAGGGGAUUACUACAACGUGAUGGGAUUCCCACUCCAUGUUUUCUGUGUUCAUCUUCUAAUGCUACUUAAGAAUAUAGAAAAUAGCUAAUUGAUAAUCUAACGUUCUAUUUAUAUGUGACCCGUCAUUAAAAUUAUCGUGCAGACCAUAGUCUCUGUUACUCUGAUGUUAUUUUUUGUUUUGAAUUGGUUGGAUUAGAUUUUUCUAUUUUCAGAA